UCUCGCAGCCACAAUCCGCUUAGUGAGCGUCCGAAUUAAACCAGGACCUCCGCGUUUCACUUGAUUAUUAUCGCCUGUCGUCUCACGGGCAAAUCAACCAAGUGAAGCGGCCAAAAAGCGUCACGGAUUCAACUUUGCAUUUUUGACGGACCUUCAAAUCUCACGGGUUGCUUUCCCCGCGUUGUUGUUUUUUUUCCGCUCCUCCGACACAAGGACGUUAUUUUGCAGCCGCGCGCCCUCGAUUUAAGAAGAGAUGAAUUGUACAAGACGAGCUGGCACGUUGACGAGCAUGCUGGCGCUGUGGCUUCUCGCAUCUGCCGUGACCACGAGCCGCGGACGAGCUCCAAAUGAUGGUGAUGGCACCCUGAACAGGGGACACGUCACAUACCCGUCAACAGAAGACACGGAGAGCGAGGUUCACUGGGUUACCACCGCUUUGCCGAUCAACAGCCCCGACCACCGGCCUGUUCUCAAAGGCUUGAUGCUUCAUGAGCACCUUCUCUUGCGGGAUUUUGAGGGAGACCAGCAUUUUUUCAGCAGCGACGCUUCCAUGUCGGCGUAUCAGACCCGAGCAGGCUCAGAUGUAGCGUACCCUGUCACUCAAGUGGUUCCCCACGAGGAUGCUCCAGCCUUCUCAGACGUUGCCUCGACCGCAACUGCAGCUGCCACCUCACCGCUUACCACAUUCUCUCCGACAACACCCAGACCUCUGAUGCCGCUCCUUCAGAAGUCUUCAGAAGAAAAAAAGGAAGGAGACAAGCUCCGGCCAACCACACACUCCCUCACAACACAAGUGACACCAAAUAUUGACAACAUGCCAGCUGCUUCCUCAUCAUCGCAGCGAGAUCAACCUGCGCCUCUGAAGGCUUUUUCUUCCGAAUCCAACUUUGCGCCAUCCACCAUGAGGAUGGAGAAAGGCCAGGCGAAGGAAACACCCAAAAACAAAAACGGUCCCAAUCAGCCCACCCCAAACCUAUCUUCAUCUCGAACAGAACACGUUGCCAUGUCAACCUCUGUGAUCACCACCACAACCAUUACCACGCUGCAAACAUCUGAGUCGUGCGGCCUAAAUUUCACUGACCCUGAGGGCAACAUUGAAAUCCUGCAGCAGCUUGACACUGCGAUGGAGUGCAACUACUUGAUUACUGUCUACCUGGGGUAUGGCAUCGAGGUUCAGGUUCUAAAUGCAAGUAUGUCAGAGGGGGAGCAGGUGACCGUGGAGGACACGGGUGGCCGAGAAGCCUUCCUUCUUGCCAAUGAGUCGGUCUUAAUACGGGGUCUUGUGCUACGCAGUCGGAGCAACCAGAUUUCCAUCCGUUUCCGUAGCGACCAACAGCACAACUCAGGAGUCCUUCAGCUCCAUUACCAAGCUUUUGUGCUGAGCUGUUCAUUCCCCAAAGAACCAGCUGGUGGAGAAGUUUCCGUGACACACCUCUACGCCGGUGGAGAAGCUUACUUCAACUGUGUCACCGGCUACAGAUUGAAAGGUCUCAAAAUGCUGACCUGCCGCAACGCCACCACACCGUACUGGAGUGGGAAGGAGCCCCAAUGCAUUGCAUCCUGUGGCGGUAUGAUCAAAAAUGCCAGCUAUGGUCGCAUUGUUUCGCCUGGAUUUCCUGCCAACUACAGCAACAACCUGACAUGCCACUGGGUCCUGGAGGCCCCUGAAGACCAUCGGCUACACAUUCACUUUGAGAAGGUGGCUCUGGCAGAAGAUGAUGACAGACUGCUGAUUAAGAACGGCAACAAUAUUGACUCCCCUCCAGUGUAUGACUCCUAUGAGGUGGAGUAUUUGCCCAUCGAGGGAGUGCUGAGCUCAGGACGUUAUCUAUUUGUGGAAUUUACCACAGACGGGAUGCUGACCUCCACCGGUGCAGCCAUGAGAUAUGAAGCUUUCGCAAAAGGAAUGUGCUACCAGCCUUUUGUGAAGUACGGCAAUUUCAGCGGCAGUGACUCCACAUAUAGAGUCGGGGCUGUGGUGGAGUUCUCCUGUGACCCCGGUUACACGCUGGAGCAAGGCUCCGUGGUCAUCGAGUGUGUUGAUGCUGAAAAUGCUCAAUGGAAUGAGACCGAACCAGCCUGUAGGGCCGUUUGCAGCGGUGAGAUUACCGAUUCUGCCGGGGUGGUGUUGUCUCCUAAUUGGCCAGAGGCCUAUGACAAGGGGCAGGACUGCAUCUGGGGCAUCCACGUAGAAGAGGACAAGAGGAUCAUGCUCGAUAUUCAAGUACUCAAUUUGGGGAAAAACGACCUCCUGACCUUCUACGAUGGUGAUGACCUGUCAGCCAACAUUCUUGGCCAAUACAGCGGCAAACGUCAUCACUUUAAGCUCUACACGUCCAUGGCGGAUGUCACCAUCCAGUUUCAGUCCGAUCCUGCCACCAAUAUCUAUGGCUACAACAAUGGCUUUGUAGUCCACUUUUUUGAGGUGCCGAGGAACGACACCUGCUCGGAGUUGCCGGAAAUCACCAAUGGCUGGAAGAGCACAUCGCAUCCUGACCUCAUCCACGGCACCGUGGUCACAUACCAAUGCUAUCCUGGAUUUGAGAUGGCGGGCUCUGAGAUCCUCAUGUGCCAAUGGGAUCUCAGUUGGAGCGGUGACGUGCCAAGAUGUCAGGAAGUGGUGACAUGUCAGGACCCUGGAAAUGUGGAGCACAGUCGGCGGGUGAACACAGGCACCCACUUUGCUGUCGGAUCUACAGUGCAGUAUUUUUGUAACAAAGGUUACAUCCUGUCGGGCAGUAGCCUCCUUACCUGCUACAACCGAGACGCUGCCAGACCCAAGUGGAGUGACCAGCUGCCCAAGUGUCUUCCUGAAAAGUACGAGCCAUGCAGGAACCCCGGUGCCCUCUCCACCAACGCACAAAAUUCUGAAAAGGCCUUUUACCAAGCUGGCGAGAUGCUGACCUUCUCCUGCCACCCAGGCUAUGAGCUACAGGGCGAGGCCACAAUCUAUUGCAUCCCUGGACAUCCGUCACAGUGGAACAGCACGCCGCCCGCUUGUCGAGCUUCCUCCAGUCGAUCUGUGAACGAACACAAGCCUGACGUUGUCAAUACCGAUUAUGGCAUCGAGGGAACCAAUAUUACUCUGGCUGUCUUCAUUCCAACUGCAAUUAUCUUGGUGGUUGUUCUCUGCAUUUAUGUUUGUGCUGCAAAACUCCAAGGGAAGCCCAUCAGCAUGCCAACUUCCUCACCGCCGUAUGACAACAUGCCGGAGGAGGCAGCCUUCGACAACCCAGUUUACGACAGAGGAGUAAGUACGGACAUGAUGACCAUGCAAGCUGUGGAUUCACAAAACACCAGCGUGCUGUCCUGAAUCGUCCUUGUCUGGCUGGCCAUCUUGUUGCCAUUUCAUCUUUCACCAGAAGAGGGCACCCGCAACUCAUCUUCCCGUCACCGUUUUAAUUCAGCAGCAGGCAAUCAAGUGGUACAUGCAUUGACGUCACAAUUUCCCAAUGUGCCAUCCUCAACAACAUUGCAAUACAGAAAAAAAAGUAGAACAACAAUGAGAAUCACUGAAUUGCUCUGUCACCAUGUUGCAUGCGGUAAUGUGCACUGAACGCACAUGUGAGCUUGUGCACAAAAAGGACAAAAGCAAGAAUGCAUUGUGUCAACGUGAUAAAAUGAAGGAUGAACACUUAGCACUGAUUGCUCAUUUUAAAUGCAUCAUUCCAUUUGUCUCCAUAUCACCUUCACAGCAGAUUGGAUUUUGUUAUAAAGCAUGCAUUUGGUUAUAAACCAUCCUCUCCAAUCUUUCCUCUCUUCCUUCAGCAGUGGCAGGCACUUUCUAGAUACUAAAGCUGUCAGCCGGUCAUAAUGUUCAUGUUGGCGCCACUUGACAACUGUGAGGUGAGAUCUCCGGCUGUCACCCGAGCCACCAGGCCACCAUUUUGACUACCUCUUCCAACCUUUCACACUGCUUCACAAUCUUCUUGAUGAAAACAUUAUGUCGGUUUCAGAAUGAUAGAGUGCUCCUGGGUCACAUCAUGUCUGCAUGCAGACAGACACAGCUGGUUACAUCUAUGAUACACAUAAGAUAGUCACCAGUAUCUUCUAGAGAGUUUUUGAAAUAAAUGCUUUCAAUAACAAACCAUCCCUACAACGUGCACACAAAUCUACCAAAUACACAUCUGACUGGCAUAUUAAUUCGCCUUUGUAUAUUACAACUAAAGAAAUAUACUUUGUAUGCUGUACAAACAUGUGUAAAACUGUUUCACAGAUUAUAUCAACUGCCCUUUGACUGAUGUGUGUGUCUGGUCUUUACAGGACUAAUGAAAAAAAGAUUAAGAGGUGUCAAUUUAGAGACCUUGAAUUGCUCAAGCUUUGCCUUUGGGGAUCUCCCUCUGCACUGUUCAUCUUUUUUUCCCUAUGAAGGUUUGUAAAUAUGACUUUCCAAGGUCGACUCUGUGAAUUUGUGGAUCACCAUGGUGAUAUUUUUAUAAACUGAAUUGCUUAUGACAGAAGGUGAUCAUUUGAUUUCUCUGUAUUUUUGAAGCCCUAACUCAGUAGCAGACCUUGAGGGGAAAGGGGCUUUUGUUGAAAUCUGUUCCAUACAAAUUCCUACCAUCUAGCUUUCUGUCAACUUGCCGAUAUUAUUGUAUUUUGUUUGCGUGUCUGGAUCUGCUCUUUGUAAAUA